GUCAGUGUGACGGCCAAAAUCCUCCAUCACUCUCAGUAUCUGAUGAAGAGUGAGAGGGAGCGCAGACUGUGAGAGGAGCGGGGCCAGACUUCUCUUUCACCUUCCACACUUGCUCGAUGAUGGGACUGACGACAAAGUGAGAGAGGCUGAAGCAGCCCUCAUUUACGUGAUGGCAUUCGUGCAGCGGAUGCGCUCCCCUUGCCUCUCCUUUAUCCAGACAUUUGUGUCUCUCCUCCUGAGCACCACGGCCCUCAUGUCCUCCUACUGGUGCGUGGGUAAGCAGAAGGUGCCCAAACCACUGUGUUCGCCCACCAAGCAGAGCCGCUGCAUCCCUGUUCCCGGCGUCUCCAACUCCUCCAGGAUCCAGUUCUUCUGGGAGACUGGGGACGACCGCUUUGUCUUCCCCAACUUUCACACCGGUUUGUUCAUCAUCUGUGAGGAGAACAUCUACAUAGAUGAGUGGGAGGAGAAGUGCCGAGGCUUUUACACACUACCCCCGGGAUCUGAAAAAGAAAUGCUUUGGCUGUCGCUGUCUAUGGAGCUUAUGAAUAUCGGUCUGCUGCUGAUCAGCUGCAUACUGCUGUCCGUGCAGCUGUGUAUCAGGGCCUGGUUCCCCUCUACGCAGCACUGGGGCCAGCUGCUCAAUGCUUUUGCAGCUGUCUUCACAGUCCUGGGAGGUCUGCUCGGGAUGGUGGGUCACAUGAUGUUCAUGCAGGUGUUUCAGACCACUGCCUCAAUGGGACCAGAAGACUUCAAGCCGCAUAGCUAUGGCUACUCCUGGGCAUUCUAUGUGGCCUGGUUUGCCUUCACCGUCUGCAUGGCCGCAGGUGUCUCCACCCUGAACAACUAUACGAAAAAGGUCCUGAUGGUGGGUCCCAGGCGUGCCUCCAGCCUCAACGCCUGCAGCUUUAACUUUAUGGGACUCCUGCCACCCGCUCCUUAUUACACCCCACCAAACCCAGCGUCCAACCUCGCCUGUCCCCUGUCUCCUCCUCGGAUCUCCCACUUGUCUCCCUACUACGCGCCCCCUUCUGAAACAUUGCCGCACUCCACUCCAAAACUCACGCACUCCCAUUCCCUUCCUGUCACACAUUCAGACUCCUUCCCUCCUCCACCCUCCCACCCUGCGCCUGGAUCACCUUUUCACCGUCUGUCCCUGCCCUCUCCAUCUCCCUCACCAACACCAUCCGUCUCUUACCACAUAACCCUCCCAAGACACCAGGAGAACCAUUAUGGGCCAGAAGAGGACUACAGCCCACUUUGAGCUACAGAUUAAGGCCCAGAGAACGUGGUAGCUUUUCUGGAUCUUGUUUAUGUUCACUCACAAUAGGUUUCAGUAGUGUUGCUAAAGCGAUGCAGCAAUUUCCACUACACAAUCAUGUCUGUUGUUAGUGCCACUUGAUCACCCUGAGCUCAAAGCCAUUCAGUGCUGCUUUAUGGCCGUGUCUCUUGCCAGAAGCUAUAAAUGCUUUAAUGAAAUCAUGUAUUGUAAUCAUGAGACCACUCAGUCCCCCAGUUUCUGCAAUUUAAUGCUGAGAAACAUUAUUUUGAAUUUGUUAGACAACAGUCACAUGAAAAAGAAAGUUUUCACAGGACUCCAUGCAGUCCUGUUUAAAACUAAGUACACUGCAUCAUUCAACAGCUUGUAGAACCACCUUUAGCAGCAGUAGCUUAAAAUAUUUUCUGCAUGACUUUCUCAGUCACUCACAUAGCUAUGGAGGAAUUUUGGCCCACUCUUCUUUACAGCGUUGCUUCAGUUCAUUGAGGUUUGCAGGCAUUCAUUGAUGCACAGCUCUCUUAAGGUCCCAGCACAGCAUUUCAGUCAGGCUGAGGUCUGGACUUUGGGCCAUUGCAGCACCUUCAUUCUUUCCUUUUUUAGCCAUUCUGUUAAAGAGUUGCUGCUGUAUUUGGGAUCAUUGUCCUGCUGCAUGACCCAAAUUGGGUCAUGCAGCAGUGGUCAGUCAAACAGACGGCUUCAGUUUUGACUCUAGAAUACUUUGGUAUACAGAGGAGUUCAUGUUGAACUCAAUGACUGCAGGGUGCUCAGGUCCUGUGGCUGCAAAACAAGCCCAAAUCAUCACCCCUCUACCACCGUGCUAGCAGUUGGUGUGAGGUGUUUGUGCUGAUGUUUUGCAUUUUGGCUAGACAUCUCCACUUUGGUCUCCUCUGUCCAAAGCAUAGUGCUGCAGAAGUCUUUGUUCAGAUGUAGCUUUGCAAACCUAAGCUGUGCUAGCAUCUUCAUAGAGAGAAGAGGCUUCCUCCUGGCAACCCUUCCAAACAAGUCAAACUUGUUCAGACUUUUUCUAAUUGUGCUGACAUGAACUUCAACAUUUAACAUGCUGACUGAAGCCUGCAGACUCUUGAGGCAUUGUAGUAACACACUUGAAUGCUCCAGACCAGCAAACUGCCAAAACAUCUGCUUUUAUAGAGGUGCUCACACUUCCUGAUGAUUUAUUAAUCAAGUGCAUUUGAUUAGCAGCACCUGGCUGCUACUUAUCCUCUUAAUUCCCGUGGAAGCAGUGAGGGUGUACUUGGUUUUUCACAACAUUGCCGAGCCCUGUGAAAACUUUGCCCCACAGUCUCUCACCUCUUCAUUUCCUUUUAUAAUUAAUCUUAUUACUAAUUGACCUCAUUAGCUGUGAGAUGAUCCACCCACUGUUCAAUAUUAUACUUUUAUUCAUUCAUGUCUUUAUUCAUUUGCUGCUGUCAACAUGUAUU